UAUUCAAACUGCACUCGUGGCAAAAUGCAUCAUAUUCAGUAGUGUACCUGGUUUUUUCUAACACUGCGGAGAAUUACCGGUUGUAGCUUGUCUUGAGAGAGAAUGAGACAUAUGGGUUCUCUCUCUAAACUUGCAGCUUGUUUUAUGGAAACUCUUAGAGCAACAAUCUCUGCAUUUCUCUCUUUUAUAUUGGAGAGAGAGAGGAGAAAGAUGGUUAUCUUGCCAGAUGAUUUGAUGAUCCAUAUAUUUGCAGCACUGCCAGUGAAGUCCGUAUGCAGAUUUAAGGCGGUGUCGAAAUCAUGGAAAAAGUUGCUAUCCUCACACUACUUUGCCAUUACCCAUCACUCUCUUUCUACCUCCCAAUCUUUCUCUCUCCAACUACAAGGCCCCUACAACGACCAAGAAAUUCUGUAUGCGAGUGCUGAGAACAUUAAGGAUUUGUGUUCCGGUAAAAAAACAGGGUUUCAGCUUCAAGGCCUGAGAUGGAUUGCCUGCCACAAUGGCAUUGUGUGCUGUCUCGUAGUUUCGGAGACAGAGGGCUCUUUCUUCUUUAUUGGGAACCCUUUAACCCAAAGAGAAUUUGUCGCUCUGCCAAAACUAGAUUUUCAUGUUCGUUAUAAUUCCUUUGGAUUUUACUUUGACCCCAUUAAUCAAAACUUCAAAAUAGUUGCAAUUACUUGUACAGAGACUGGUGCCUCUCUGAUAUUUGAUUCAUCAAUUGGGGAAUGGAGGUGUCCAAGAAAUCAACCACCUAAUGAUAUUGAUCGUCGAUGGUCGGUAGUUUCUGUUGGUUCUGAAUGUUAUGUGUAUUCUUUGUAUACUCUAUACUUGCAGGGUAUGGACCAUCUAAUGUGUUUUGACAUGGAGAGAGAAGAAUGGGAAGUAAUCCAUACUCCAAUUUGGCUCGCUAGCUCAUGCUCUUACGAAAUCCAAGAGAGGGAUGGUCGGCUUUGUAUAAUACAGUUAACUGUAGAUGAAGUAGCACAAGCACAGAUAUGGGUUCUACUUCAAGAUAAGAGGUGGCAGCAGUUAAUGAAAACAGAUUUAGGGCAGUUGGGGCUUCAUAAAUUGGAGGAAUUGGGGGUGGAGUUUGGAGAAUUUCGCAUACAUCCAGAAUUCUUGAUUGGUGACACAUUACUUUUGAACAUGAACAUCUUGGCUAUUGAUGGUCAUUCAGAUGUUGGUUCAUGGCGGCAAGUUGGUUGGUGGAAGGUACAAUAUAACAUAAAGAGUGGUGAGCUAGGGAAAAUGGUUCAAGAUGCUCAAACCAGGUUUUUCAUGUAUCAACCCACACUAUUGACCUGCAAGAAGGAAAAGGAUGGAAAAAUACAUUUGGGGUAGUCUAUAAGUUUGGUUUAUUUACAUCUCUAAUGAAAUCUUUGUUUUGUGAUUAAAUAAAUAAUGAAGUCUGGUCUCUAAUUGGCUAGUCUGGUCUCUAAUUGGCUAGAUUGGGUACUGUGGAAUGUUUUUGCUUCUUUUUUCAUGGAUAAGUAAGCAGGAUUGAACCCAAAACUCACUGUUGUAACAAAAAGAUCUUCUAUUUGAGUGAGGGGCUCAAACUUGGCCAGUUUUUGUGUAAGUGCAAAAGUAAGUUUAUAUUAUUUUCGAAAGACAGUUUAUUUUAGACGUUAAUUCUGGAAUUCUCAUGUGAGCAUUGCAUCGUUGUAGCAAUUGAUUGACAUUUGCAGUACAUUAUGAAAACAUGAACUGUCAGUACUUUGCACUUCAUUGCGUCAGUUUCUUUUAUUUGAAAUUGGGGUUUCUUUUACAUCUUUGUGUGUUUUGUUAUCCAUGCUCAUUGCUGCGUUGUUAUUGUAAGACUAUUUCGAGUCUUUGAAAGCAUUAUAUGCAUGAUUUCUAGUGUAUGAGUGUAAUAGACUGGUAGAUAUUGAUUGUAAUGGUCUGUCAAUCAAGGGAUAUGUUACUCUUGAUAACUCAAGCCGUCAUGUUACCAAUAUGAAUAGAAAUCUGUUUCUGAAGUGAAACUCCUGCAAUGUUACCUGUCUUGUUCUUUUUUCAUUUGUAUAUAAUGGGAAUGAAGUAGUGCUUUAAUUGUUUCUCAUGUUAUGGUUUGAUAAACUCAGAUUAGCUAACUGACAAGUUCAUUUUAACAGAGAAAAUAGUUCAUUUCUUUUAGUUGUGAAAAAUGAUGUAAACGUUAAACUUCAAACUGCUUCAUGGAUUAGAGACCAAGGCUCUUGUAAUCUUGAGCGUACACUUCAAUCACUCUUCCACCCUUCAUAAGUUGUUUACAUGAUGCUCUAAAAAGCAACUUUGUAGAAUGCAGCGUUCCUGGGCUGAUUUCUACGAGCACUUUGUCUCAUCCAAUCUCUUGCCAAAACGCCAGUAGUCAAUCAUAACUUUGUUUUGAAUCCAUAGUCAUGUGAAGCAUCUAUGGAACUACUGCAAAAUUGGGAGCAGGGAAGAGACAGUACUAUUUUCUAACAUGAUCCCUGUCCUUACCAUAGAUAUGAUGACUCACACAAACUAGUCUAUUAAAAUUUCACAUGAACUAGUCUAUCGAAAUAUCAUUGUGUUUCAUUGAAAUAAUCCAUCCAUGGUGCACACUUCUAACUUUAACUUCAUUUCCAUUUUUCUUUUUGUAUGUGUGUGUGUGUGCGUGUGCGUGUGCUCACAUGCUGACAGGUGCCAUAGCCAAGGAGUAGGGAGGGAGGGAGGGAUUCUGACAGGUACCUCGAUAAAGCUUGAAUAUUUUACUUGUAGGUUUUAUUGAUGGAGAAGAAAGAUUGUUUCUCUUGUUCAAUAUGCAUCUGAUUAUUUCCAAAACUCUUAGAAAAGAUAUCUUUCGCUUUCCCAAUUUUUUUGGAGUGAUAAAAGGGAGAUGAAUUUUCUCUUCUCAUGUGGCGAGAUGAUAUGGUUAUCAAGGUCCCUGUUGCCAAGCCAAUGAAGUCCAUAUGAUCAAAAAGGGAGAGAGAAGGCCGAUGAAUUUUCUCUACCUACCUCUCAAUCUUUCUCCAUUGUACAAUGUUCUAUGCUGACACUCACAAUAUUAGCAGUCCUUUGUUUACAAACAUAGAGGCUCAUCAUUAAGACCUUGACUUGGUGUCCUGAGCCCUGUCGUAAUGGAAUGGUAUGUCAAAGAGAUAUUUCUUUAUUUGCUAUUUAAAACCCUCUUACCUGACAGAAUUCUUUCCUCUACCAUAGAGUUUCAAUUGGACAGCUCUGGAUUUUUGUUUUGCCCCUUUACACAAACUUCAAGAUAGUGGUACAAUCUGGCACUGAUAAAGACACCAAUCCUCAUUGUUUCAAUGCCUUUUUAAUCUUUGAUUCAUUGAUUGAGAGAUGGAGAACACCAAGAAAUAUGCCUCAAGUGCACUAUAUACUCUAUGAAUGUUGGUUUGUAUUAUCACCAAUUGCUACGGACUGUCUACACAAACACGAAAGGUGUUUUGUAACAAGUUUUCACAUUGCGAGAGAAUAAUGGGAAACAAGAUGCAUUAUUUUAAGUGAGGUUAAUUUUUUUUUUUUCCAUAUCCAUACAUCUAGACGUCGAGAUGAUUAAAUUAGAGGGUUUCCCAACAUGAGAUCACUCUCUAGUAUUUUUGAGGUGCACCUUACUUCAAGGGUGAAACCUUAUAUAAGGUUUCUAUUAAUGAAAGGACAUCAAUUCAAAUUCUGGUCAUUCAAAUUGAGAGAGAUCAAGAAUUCUCACUAUUUCUUAGAUUCAUGACCAAAUCAAUUUACUGGGAAUUUUCGUUCAUAUUUUCUUUCACCAAUAACAUUUGUUGAAACUUUUUUACCCCCGUAUUUGGAGUGUCCUUCUUUCAUGCAAUUCACUGGCUUUAACAAACAAUUGAUAUUCCAUGAUCAAAGGUGUAGUACUGCUUGUAAUGGUAGUCUAUAUAUAUAUUAGAUAAACAUUCCAACUAUGGUUGAAAGAAAGUAAAUAUGUCAAAGAAAACAACUUUAAUUUAUAGAAAUAAACCUUAAUGCAAUCUAGGAUUUUCUCUUACAAUCCAUUACAAUUCUUUGCAAUAAAAACAAAAAUACAAUGCAUGAAGUACCAAGAAAUAUGGAGCCAUUAGAAUUAUUGAAUUCCUUGUCUUAGGUUACCCCCAAGAACUUCGUACACUCCACACCGGGUCUCUUCCUUUGAUGGAGCACGGGAUCUGGGUUAUUCUUGAAUCUCAGCGAAUGAGAAGCAAUGCUGAACCUUUUAAUCGCACAGAAUUGGGGCUUUUCUUCUUUUCACACUGUAUGGGGCAUUCCCUUUAGUUUGCUUCUCAAAACCCUAGGGGCGUGCCCCUCUUUUCUUAUUUGGAUUCUAUGAGAGAAAGAGAAGGGUGGAGGUAGAUAAAGUGGCGUGCCACCUUGAGGCAGGAAGAGAGAGCUCAGGUCUUAGGUUGUGUUUUGAAGACCCCCAUUAGAUGCUUAUAUAGGAUUGAGGCUAGGGUUAGGGUUUGACAUCCUUAUGAGAUUCCAUCUAGACUAUUGAUCAAAAGUGACUUGUGGGGUGAGAGAUCUUAGCCAUACAACCCAUAGAUCAACCAUCGUGAUCUAAUGGAAGGUGCCAGACCUUUAUCCCUCAGCUUCCUUAACCUAAUCCAAUCAAAUAUUAUGUGUAAAAAAAUUAUGUCAACUCUUUCCUUUUAUUUUUAAACAAUCUCUACUCAUUCCUUUUUUAAAUCAAUUAGCCCUUUUUUACACAACCUCCCUAUUUGCUUUCUAAAUCAAUUUGGUUGGCUUGUUACAUAAACCUCAACCUUUAGAAGGUGAUAAAUGGUGGGGUUGUCCCACUAUAGUGUACCCCACUCCCAUAUCAAGAUGGGUCUCAAAUGGUGGGGCCUUAUGUAUUAUGCGCCCCAUAGUAAUUGUUAUUUUAAACUCAUAAAAUGAUUUUUAGAAAACAAAUAGUAUUUUUAUGGAAGGUAGCAUAUAACUGAAAAUGGUUCAAGAUGCUCAAACCAGGUUUUUCAUGUAUCAACCACACUAUUCACCUGCAAGAUGGAAAAGGAUGGAAAAAUACAUUUGGGGUAGUCUAUAAGAUUGGAUUAUUUACAUCUCUAAUGAAAUCCUUGUUUUGUGAUUAAAUAUGUAUGGAAGUUUGGUCUCUAAUUUUUCAUGGAUAAGUUAGCAAAAUUAAACCCACAGCCUCAGUCUUGUAACAAAACGAUCUUCUAUUUGAGCGAGGGCUCAAACUUGGCCAGUUUUUGUGUAAGUGCAAUGUAAGUUUACAUUAUUUUUGAAAGACAAUUUAUUUUAGACAUUAGUUUGGGAAUUCUCAUGUGAAGAGUGCAUUGUUGUAGUAAUUGAUUGAUUAUUGCAGUACAUUAUGAAGACACAAACUUUCGGUACUUUGCACUUCAUUGCUUCAAUUUCUUUUAUUUGAAAUUGGGAUUUCUUUUACAUCUUUCUGUGUUUUGUAUUUGUGGGUUUUGUUAUUCACUCUCAUUGCUGCAUUGUUAUUGCAGGACUAUUUUAAUUCUUGGAGAGCAUUAUAUGCAUGAUUUGUAGUGUACGAGUGAAAUAGAAUGGUAGAUAUUGAUUGUAAAGGUAUGUCAAUCAAUGGAUAUAUCACUCUUGAUCACUCUUUUCGUUCAUAGAUGGGUCUACGUUGGUUUACCCACUCAAAACCUACUCUUCUAAUGGGCUAAAUUGACAUGCUCUACCAUGUGGGGAGCUCAACCUUACAAGAUUGGUUCAUCUUGUUGCACGUUUGAGAGGAUUCAUUCAAUCAUUUCUAAGGCUUCAUAUGUGGGUUUGCCAAAAACGUUGUACUAGUACUUAGGUCAUGAUCAUGAGUUGUUGCAGGUGCUGUGGCUGUCUCUAUUUGACAUAAUGUUGAUGGAGUGGCCAGCAGAUUUAUUGAAGACUUCGUGGCCACUUCUUUCUUCAGUAGGUGGAGAAGUUCACACUUGACAUGAAUCUCAAUCUCUCAGGUUCUAUACUGGAGUUCUUUAGAAUAUACACGUAAGGUCAGGUGGGUGUAUCUAGACUAUGUUACUUUUGAGAGCAGUCUUGGUAGGGUGGGCCUUUACUGAUGAUGGCAUGAAGAGGGUGGUGGUUGCUAGAUUAACAGACUAUUUCGCUCAUCUCUAUGAUAUGAACUCGAGAAAUUGCAUUCUCUUUAUUAUUGUCUGCAUUUUCUUGUGCUUGAUUAAUUAUGACAUUUAACUACAUGCCAAAUGGGUUUUAUUUUGUAAAACUGAUGUGUUUGAUGGUAUUAUUGUCUUGAAAUGCAGGUCAAGAUUAGGCAGCAGAAUAAUAAGUGUCGAGAAAACUUAUGAGAGUAUUGGAAAGGAUGAGAACGGGAGACCCAUCCUUUUAUCAGCAUUGCCUUCUAGUUAGACAAGGGGAGCAACCAAGAGAAGGCUCGUUGCUACUACUUAAUCUCAUUGAAGAUCAGAUAGGGGGGAUGAUUGGCUACCUAGAUUUGAUGGUGCAGAUGCACCGCCAAGUCCAUCAAAAUGUUUAGAGAAAAAGGAGGAGAAAAUGAUUCCCAUAAUGAGCAUUACCCGAAUAUCCAAAUCUUCAGGUGUCUUGGUGCUAUUGGGUUUUGUUUUAUGUUCUUUUGUAAUUUUUGUUCUCCUUUUGCUCAAGUUAGAGUUAAUGGGUUUAUUGGAUUAUCUUUUGCCUUUUGGAUAUGCCUCGAUUUUUUAUUUAUUUUUCUAUAAAUUAUGAGAAAAGUGAUGAAUAAGUUGAUUUAGUUCUGUAAUUCUGUUAAUAAGGGUUUACAUGGGCUUUUCUUUCCUCACUGAAUGAUGGUUAUGGAAGCUGUUAUCUUCUUUGUUAUUACUUACAUGGGCUUUUGCUGCUGGCUUUAAUUAAAAGCCCUUUUAGGAAUUUACCCAUUCAACCCCGGAUGUAUGCUUUGUGAUUGAGGAAUUUGAAGAGUCAUUUAUUAUUUUGAAGAGUCAGAAAACUUUUUGAUUGCCUAUGCAGAAUGGGGGUUUUGGAGAAAUGCAAUGACAACUAACUAGUUGAUUUCUUAUUUUUUUUGGGUAUACAUUGAGGCAUCAAUGCACAAAUUUGCCCAUUUUGUGUAUUUUCUCUGAGCAUUCGCAAAGAUUAGCUGUAUCUUUGAACUAUCAGGUGAAUAUAUGACUUAUUUAGAUCAGCAAAUCUGUGGCUACAGCAUAGAGUAUUGUGUCAAGUAUUGUGAAUUCUAAAAUUCUCAUCGAUUUAGCUGCAAAACCAGUGAGAUUUGUUGUCAAACUGAAGCAGGUUCUGCUUAGCCCUACUUGAUGCUGCUUCAUCUGAAUCUUCAGCCAAAAACAAUUACUUUUCUUUAUAUAUAAAAUUUUCAUUAGAUUUUUCAGUUUUUGAGAGAAACCAAGGACUUCACCAAAGGCAAAGAGGUUACAAAGCAAAUUUGGCAAUGUGUGUUGUCGAUUUUGAAACAGUAGAAGUCCUCUUAGGUUGCGGGAGUUCCCAUUGCAGAGGGCCCAUUUGGUUAGCAGGAAAUCUCUCCUGGAGGCUGAUUUUUGAGAAAUCGGCUUCAUUCUUUGAAAGGUGUGCAACAGCUUUUCCAUGAAAUGCUGCUAAUUUGUACGACGGGAUGAAUAUUUGGGUACUGCUUUCUUAUGAAACAAACAUGGGAAGAAGGCUUGAUCAAAGGAAAUCUCUCUCGAAGAGAGAUAUUCCAUGAACCAAACAUGCCCUAAGGAAAAAAAGCGGAUCCGUGGACAACUGGACAAGACUGACUUCAAAUGAGGUCCAUUUUUCCUUAGAAAUUUGGUACAAAUUGCCAAAUUUUACAACCAAACGGUGCUGUGAUCUCGAGAUAUGAAUAAAUAAACCUAUUAAUAUUUUCUUAUGGGACGGAGUGGAAGAAUGGAGGAGACUCUCUAAUGAGGAAGGGAUCCAAUUGAUUCGAAAGAGAAUCACCAAAUUUCAAUUGAAAUGAAAUCUUUAGGAGGAAUUAAUGAAGGGUGAGGUUUGUAUAAGGUGCCUUACUAAUAGUGUAGAAAUAAGGAGCAACAUCUAAAUUUGGCCUUCGUUGUGGUGUUCAAAACCUUGCGAUUGCUUGAACACUUGAAAAUCUUGAAAAUAGAUGGUUCAGAUAAUUUUUUACAAGAUGCACUAUUUUUAGUGAGACUUGAUAUUCUUUUUUCUCCAUACCCGUGCAUUUAGACGGUGAGGUGAUUAAAUUAGAGCGUUUCCCCAUGUCAGAAUACUUUCCUCUGUACUUUCCUCGCUGAUCUUUGAUUCAUCAAUUGAGGCAUGGAGGUUUUCAAGAAUCAACCACCUAAUGCUAUAGAUCGUCGAUGGUCAAUAGUUUCUGUUGGUUCUGCAUGCUAUGUAUAUUCUCUGCCUACUUUAUACUCGCAGGGUAUGGACCAUCUAAUGUGUUUUGACAUGGACAGAGAAAAAUGGGAAAUAAUCCAUUCUCCAAUUUGGCUCGUGAGCUCAUGCUAUUAUGAAAUCCAAGAGAGGGAUGGUUGGCUUUGUCUAAUACAGUUAACUCUAGAUGAAAUAGCACUGGCACAGAUAUGGGUUCUACUUCAAGAGAAGAAGUGGGUGCCGUUAAUGAAAACAGAUUUAGGGCAGUUGGGGUUUCAUAAAUUGGAGGAAUUGGGGGUGGUGUUUGGAGAAUUUCACAUAUAUCCAAAAUUCUUGUUUGGUGACACGUUACUUUGGAACAUCUUGGCUAUUGACGAGUUUUUCGAUCAUUCAGAUGUUGGUUCGGGUCGGAAAGUUGGUUGGUGGAAGGUAACUUCUAACAUAAAGAGUGGUGAGCCAGGGAAAAUGGUUCGUGAGCUACGGAAAAUGGUUCAAGAUGCUCAAACCAGGUUUUUCAUGUAUCAACCCACACUAUUCACCUGCAAGAUGGAAAGAAUGGAAAAAUACAUUUGGGGUAGUUUAUAAGCUUCGGUUAUUUACAUCUCUAAAUGAAAUCUUUGUUUUGUGAUUAAAUAUGUAUGGAAGUUUGCUCUCUAAUUUUUCAUGGAUAAGUAAGCAAGAUUGAACCCAAAGCCUCACUCUUGUAGCAAAAAGAUAUUCUAUGUGAGCGGCGGGCUCAAACUUGCCAAGUUUUUGUGUAAGUGCAAGAUUUUAUAUUAUUUUUGAAAGAGUUCUAGAGUUCUCAUGUGAGUAGUGCAUCGUUGUAGCAAUUGAUUGGUUAUUGUAGUACAUUAUGAAGACACAAACUGUCGGUACUUUGCACCUCAUUGCUUCAGGUUCUUUUAUUUGAAAUUGGAGUUUCUUUUACAUCUUUCUGUGUUUUGUAUUUGAGGGUUUUGUUAUUCACGCUCAUUGCUGCGUUGUUAUUGCAGGACUAUUUUAAGUCUUGGAGAGCAUUAUAUGCGUGAUUUCUAGUGUAUGAGUGAAAUAGAAUGGUAGAUACUGAUUGUAGAGGUCUGUCGAUCAAGCGAUAUAUCACUCUUGAUAACUCAAGCCAGCAUGUUGCCAAUAUGAAUUGAAAUCUGUUUAUGAAGUGAGAAUCAUGCAAUGCUACCCGUCUUGUUCUUUUUU